AUGCCGACCAACAAGGCCGAGGAAUUGUUCAAUGUCAAUGGCAUGGUCGCUGUUGUCACGGGAGGAGGUAGCGGCCUAGGCCUCUACGCUGCCCGCGCUCUCGAUGCCAAUGGCGCAAAAGCUGUCUACAUCGUAGGCCGUCGAGAAGAAACGCUCCAAAACGCCGCCAAAACCGCGGCCAAUGGCAACAUCAUCCCCAUCGUCGGCGACGUUUCGGACAAAGAAUCGCUCCAAGCCGUCACCGAUCGCGUGCGCAAAGAACACGGCUACAUCAACCUGCUCUUCGCCAAUGCCGGCGUCAGCGGGCCCAGCACUGUCCGCGACACCCCAGCCCUCUCGAAAGGGGAGAAGCCAACGAUCAAAGAAAUGCAAGAAGGCCUGCUCAAACCCGAGAUGCAAGCCUUCACCCAAGCCUAUCACGUGAACGUCACGGGCGUCUACUUCACCGCCGCCGCCUUCCUCGACUUACUCGAUGCCGGCAAUAAGAGGCGGAAUCUGCCGCAGGACUCCCAGAUUCUCGUCACGUCUUCCGUCGCGGGCUUCAGUCGCUUCUUGAACAAUGGCUUCGCUUACUCGUGUUCCAAGGCGGGCACGAAUCAUUUGGUCAAGAUGCUGGCCACGGCGUUUGCGCAGAAUGGUUUCCACAUUCGAUGUAACCUGAUCGCACCCGGUCUAUACCCUAGUGAAAUGACGGCCAACACCGUGUCGAAACUGGGGCAGUUCAAGCCGCACGACGGCCACGAGAGCGACUUCGCUGACGCCCAUACCAUGCCGCCCGAACGGUGUCCAACGGAGCGCACGGGAAGCGAGCAGGACUUCGCGGGCACGGUGUUGUUCAUGGCGAGCAAGGCGGGCAGCUACCUCAACGGUGAGACCUUGGUUUCCGACGGUGGCAGAUUGGCCCAGCUUCCUGCUACGUAUUGA